UUGAGGCUCAGAGCAGGAGGCUGAGAGGUGAUGAUGGAAAUCGUGGAAGUACUCUCAGGGAGACCCCAGCUGCUGCCAUGGGGAGCUGGGAUUAUUGCUCUGCUUUUGACAAUUGUGACUGUGUGCUCCCUGCCCUCCCUGAUGGAAUACUGGAGGCAAUGGAGGAUGAUGAAGUCCAUCCCCGGUGUCAGCCCCUGCUAUCCUGUGGUGGGAAAUGCCCUGCUCCUCAAGCGGAAAGGAGAAGAUUUUUUUAAACAGAUACAGUUUUAUUCUGAAGAGUUCAGAAGUUGGCCAUUGUUCAAAUUUUGGAUAGGACCAGUGCCUGUAAUGUUUUUGUAUCACCCUGACAGUGUGGAGGUUAUUUUGAACAAUUCAAAACAUAUAGAAAAAUCAUACCUGUAUGAAUUCCUGCAUCCAUGGCUGGGCACUGGACUUCUGACAAGCACUGGAGACAAGUGGCGGUCACGGAGGAAGAUGAUAACUCCCACAUUCCACUUUGAAAUCUUGAGUGACUUUCUAGAGGUCAUGAAUGAACAAGGAAAUAUUUUGGUGAAGAAACUUGAGAAGCAUGUUGACAAGGAGCCAUUUAAUGUCUUUAUGGACAUCACUCUGUGUGCCCUUGAUAUUAUUUGUGAAACAGCAAUGGGCAGGAAUGUGGAUGCCCAGAAGAAUAAGGAUUCUGACUAUGUUUCUGCUAUCUACAGGAUGAGUGAUCUAAUCCAACGGCGACAGAUAAGCCCUUGGCUUUGGCCUGAUUUUUUGUAUGUAUUGUUCAAAGAAGGAAGAGAGCACAAGAAGAAUCUCAAUAUCCUUCACAAUUUUACAGAUACGGUCAUUGCAGAAAAAGCUGAAGAACUUAAAAAGACCCAGCAAAAGAAACAUGAUAAUGAUGGCAACUCUGAAGAAACUGGUUCCAAAAAGAGAAAAGCAUUCCUGGACAUGCUGCUGAAUGCAAAAGAUGAUGAAGGGAAAAAAUUGAGCUACAGAGAUAUUCGUGAAGAAGUGGAUACUUUCAUGUUUGAGGGCCAUGAUACAACAGCAGCUGCUAUAAACUGGGUCUUGUACUUGCUUGGACAUAAUCCAGAAGUUCAGAAGAAGGUUCACAGGGAAUUGGAUGAGGUGUUUGAUGAUGCUGAACAUCCUGUUACAGUGGAUGAUUUGAAGAAUCUUCGAUACCUUGAAUGUGUUGUGAAAGAAGCUCUUCGUCUCUACCCUUCAGUUCCCUUGUUUGCUCGUACCUUGAAAGAGGAUUGCUGCAUUAGGGGAUAUCAGAUACCGAGAGGUGCAAAUGUCCUCAUUUUAACUUAUGCCUUGCAUAGAGACCCUGAGGUCUUCCCUGACCCUGAGGAGUUCAGGCCUGAGCGAUUCUUCCCUGAAAAUUCUAAGGGAAGGCACCCAUACGCUUAUGUGCCCUUCUCAGCUGGUCCCAGGAACUGCAUUGGUCAGCGCUUCGCACAAAUGGAGGAGAAAACUCUUCUAGCCCUCAUCCUGCGGCGCUUUUGGGUGGAAUCAUGUCAAAAGCCAGAAGAGCUUGGUUUAUGUGGAGAAUUGAUUCUUCGUCCAAAUAAAGGCAUCUGGAUUAAACUGAAGAGGAGACCAAACGCUGGACCAGAAUGAAAGGAAUUUCAAGAGUUUACUUCCAAAAGUUUUCAAACUUGAAAAUUUAGGUUGAGACAUAUUUUAAAAUCAAAUAUUUUGAUGUCAGUCCAGCAAUUUUUUAAAACUAGUUGUUAUUGUUUCAUUAAAAAGAUGUAGUAAUAGACCUAGUUGAUCUACUUUUAUAGUGCUUGUGAACUUCAUGUUAAUCUUUGAAAUGCAAGUAUUUAAUCCUUAAGUUUUAGUGCCUUAUCUGCUCAGAUGAAACUAUUCUAUUGCCACAGUGCCACAAAAACUUUAGCUAUGGUAAUAACAACAGCAAUGCCUGUGAUGAAGUGAACAGUUUACAUGCCAUAGCAUUUUCCAAGUAACUGAAAGUCUCAAGUGUUUGUAAGGCUUUCAGUUUUCUUUGGUUCUGAAAAACACAAGUGGUAAUCCUCUUCUUGGCACAUUUUUUUUUUUUUUGGUGAUGACUGCCUCUGUAAAGACCAAGCAAAAAUCUCUGAUAAUUUCACUCCUUCUUGGUAAGUAAGCAUUAAAAGUAGUUUGUAAGAAGGGAGUGCUCUGAAUCAUUUUUUAGCAAACUGUACAAAAGCAUUGAUUUGUAUUACCAUAGCGGGAACUAGACAGUAUGCAAAUUACAUACAAGAUUUCAUAAUGGCAAAAGCAAUGUAUUGUUACAAACUGAGAAUAAACUCCUACUAUGCCUCAAUGUGGGCUGAAAUUGUACCUGUUGAAAUUGCAUGCCUGCGUGCAGGUAAAUUGCUGAUGAAUAAUUGUUUCUUAGCAUCUGUUCCUCUAGGGUGAUCAAUUAACUAGAUUUUACCGUGCUGGUCAAAGCUGAAACAAUGAGCCAGUGUGCUCUUGCCUUCUAAUGCCCUGAAAGCAACAUACAGAGAUUUUUGCUAAUUGAUGUUGAAGAGGAAUUACAGUGAUAGAAUGAAGUGCUUGUGAAAAUUUCUGAUUGUACCUUCAUUACAGGUCAAAAUCUGCUACAGGCCAUAUAGCUGGAGAACAGACUCUCCACGAUUUUUGCAAGCUCUUAAGAAAAAGCUGGUGCUAAACUAAGCUGAGGUCCUCUAGCUGGUCUGGCUUUACUUGUGCCCUACGCUUUGGGGCUUCUUUUGACUGGUGUGUGUUGGUCCAGCACAAUACCUGGUGCUAUACGAAGCGAGGUGCCCACCAGUAACCACACUCAUGUCUUUAGUUGUUUUUGCCACUUGGCGGUGAGGGCUUUUGGUGUGUUGUUGCCUUUAGAUUGUUCUUGGGCUGUGGGCAACCUGCAGAGGGGGACUGGAUAAGAAGCUGGAGGUCAGAGCUGAUAAAACUAAUAUGGACUGGUCCAUUCUAAUGAUUAAUGUGUUAUAAAGUAAGAAAGGAGUAAUCUGUUCUUACUCAUUUUGUUGACAUUUACAGAUUUUUUCUCUUGUCUGUUUCUGUUUCCUUUUAAAAAUAUAUAGUCAAAAGACAAAAGAGCCUUUAACAAUAGUAAUACUUGCAUUCUUCAGCCUUCUUUUUCAAAGAUAGGUUUCAUUGCUGUAUAAUAACAAUAAUUUCAGUUUCCAGGGCUGAAUCUAAAUAUUGUCUUCUUAAUAAUGAGAUAACUUUUGAGACCACCUCCAUAUGUUAAUGCAUGUAAUACACAUAACACAUAUUUUCCAAAGAGACUCUAAAUUAAGGAGACACUCUAAAUUAUUUCAUGGUUUGGGGUACUUGGCAGUGUGAAUUUUCAAGGUAAAUAAGAUUAGCAUCCAGAAUAUGUUUUCUCAGGAGAUUUGGCAUGUAGUUGAAAACUGGAGAGGUACCUCAUGUCUUAAGCUAUGUACUUAAGUUGAGGACUUUCAAGACAAAUGAAAACUAAUAUUAUUUCCUUUUCUUCUGUGGGAUCUGUUUUGUGUAAACAAUUUGUAAGAUAGACCAAAUUAUAACAAUUUUUUUUUCCGUAAGAUAAUUCUUAUGACUUCUAUCUACACUGAUCAGUAUUUUUUCUUGCGCUUUGCUUUUGUACCAUGCUCUUCUCAUAUAAUGUGUGUAUAUCUCCUAUAAUUUCCUUAUACUCUCCAAAAUGGACAAGAAAAUAAUUGAGACAAAAACUGGAUAAAACUAUAAAAAGAAAUUAAUUAUGAAAAGUACAUAGGCUCAAAUGCUGGCACAAGGAUGCCAAUGUGAAAAAUCCCUAUUUAGUGAUGCACAAAGUGUCUUUGCCAAGAUGAGCACUGAUGCAAUCCUAUAAUCUUGGUGUUCUGAGCGGUUCUGAAAUGGCAGUGAUCUCUUAUCUUCUGUUGUGAAAAUUGGUUCUGAAGCAAUCUGACGCUGCUAAGGAAAUAAAUAUUGAGGAAAACA